ACCACACACAUUAUAUUACAUUAGCAUAUUUCUCCCCUUAGAGCCUGCUCAACUUGUUCUUCUUUUUAAGUAACAGACCCCACUCCCUCGGGGGUCACACCAAAGGAAGAGAUGCCUUAAUUGAUGUUAGAAGCAGGGAAAAGCAAGAAGAUCCAUGGCUUUUGAAAGGAAGCAAGAUGGUUUAAUGGGAAGAGCACAGCUCAGAGCAGUGGGAGACCUGUGUUCUUCUUCCAGUCUCGCCAUGAGCCCAGAGACAAGUCAUUUAAUCUCUCAGAGCCUCAGUUUCUCCAAGAGAAAAUGGAGGAAAUCUUGCUCAUUCUUGCUUCUCCUGCAUGGAGCAUGGGGAGGAAGGAAGGGAAGUCACAUGUGGCAUCUUAGCUUUGCAAUUUCGAAAAAUCCCAAAGGGCAAUUAUGGAGCUAAUGAUUCGGAAAUGAAAGGGGCCCCAUGAGUACCAGACCGCCCUUCCUCAUUCUUUGAAUCUCUGCCUACCACAAGUUCUAUGGCUAGUUCCAGAGGGUAUGGGUUUGCUAAUCACUAUGGUCUUGGGGUCUUCUAAUCAUUACCCCUAAGGGAACCUUCAAGGAACUACUCAUUAUUGUGGCUUGCUCUAGCAGUCUGAUCCCAAAGCUCAGUCCAUCCCAGGGAGGAUGUGAAGAAAAGAACUGAAAAUAAACUUAGAUAAUUUUUUCUUCCACACCCGGACUUCCCGGGGUGAGACUAGGAUUCUCUAAUGAGAUCUAAGAUACAGCUGCUUUGUGAAGCGAAGGAAACCCCAUGUUUCGGGUUUUCUCUUGAGACUUUUCAGAAGAGUAUGAUGUCUCUCAGCACCCAAAUGACGUGGGGGAGAGGGGUGAGAGGGUAAUAGAUACUUUUCCCCCUGUGCAUCCCCUGGAAUCCUCCACCCUUGCCUCUAACGGUAUAGUAUUACAAGCAAAAGAUUUUCAUCCAUCUGUCUCAGAGAGAUCUUUGAAGAGACCAGGAAUCCUGAAGUCAGCUCAGGCUGUUCCCUUGCCCCACUCUUAUGCCCCCAAAUCUGCCCCUGGACUAUUUAUUUUUUAUUAUAUGACUGGUGAAAUCAAUUUUGGAGGUAUGUAAAUUUCCACCAAAGAUAUUUUUUUUCCUCCUCCCACAGGCUCCUAAGGAGAUAAUUCAUUGGAACAAAUUAUCACUUUUAAUUGUUCUCAGUUCUUGAUUUGUUUAAUACUCUACUGCCAAUUACUGCUCCCUUCUCUUAAAUAGACUAACCUGCAUUUUAAAUUCAGUCUUCCCCCUUUUAAAAAAAAACAAACAUAACGAAGUAAUUGACAAGAAGGUGGGGGAAAAGCCACUUAAAGUUUUAAUUUGUUUAUUAGACCUUCAGUGGAGGACUCCUUGCUGAACCUGAGGUGGGCUGCUCUCCAUCUUCUACUUUCCUGUCCCCCUCCCUCCCCUACACACCCCCAAAAAGAAUCCCUUGAGACAGAAUCCAGCUUCUUCCCCUUGUUACUACCCUAUUCUUAAAGUAUAGCGCUUCUGUGGGGCUGGUUUCUUUGCCUCCAGAAGGCUGGGCUAUAACCUGUCUCCUUUCCCACAGUGUCAGCUCCACCUACAGGAGGAGGGUCUACUCUCCAAACAACACAACUGGGACCACUCUGGAGUAAGACAGUGUUUCCACUCCAGAGGCUGGGGAAGCCUGCAGAAGUUGUAGGUUGGAGUUUCAGACUCUAAGAUGGACAUAGAAGACUGCAAUGGCCGCUCCUAUAUGUCUGUGGGACCAAUGGAAUUAUGGGCACGUUCAAAGGAUGAUAGCAAGAUGGGUCAGACACACAUAGCAGAGUCAUUGGGAACACCUGGGUAAGGUAAAUGAGAAACUGGGAACGUGGCUGGGGAAAUAUCCCGAGGAGAUCUGUCUCUGGAGAAUGUGGAAGAGGAAAACCUCUUAGAGUGUUUGCUUCACGUGCUAUGAAACCAAAUUGUCCUGCUUUCAGCAGGUUGACAUUUCCGAGGAAUCCACGCUUCCUGGAAGGUGAGUGGCUGGGCUCACCCCUGCCUGCCACCGAGACGCAGACAUGCACACACCACCCGCACUCCCUCGCCGUUUCCAAGGCGGCGGCCGCGUUCGCACCCCAGGGUCUCACCGGCAAGGGAAGGAUAAUCUGGAGAGGGAUCCCUCAGGAGGGUGUGUUCCGGAUUUCUUGCCUCAGGCCCAAGACUCCAACCAUUUUAUAAUGGAAUCUUUAUUUUGUGAAAGUAGCGGGGACUCAUCUCUGGAGAAGGAGUUCCUCGGGGCCCCAGUGGGGCCCUCGGUGAGCACCCCCAACAGCCAGCACUCUUCUCCCAGCCGCUCACUCAGUGCCAACUCCAUCAAGGUGGAGAUGUACAGCGAUGAGGAGUCAAGCAGACUGCUGGGGCCAGAUGAGCGGCUCCUUGAAAAGGAUGACAGUGUGAUCGUGGAAGACUCGUUGUCAGAGCCCCUGGGCUACUGUGAUGGAAGUGGGCCAGAGCCUCACUCCCCAGGGGGCAUCCGGCUGCCCAACGGCAAACUCAAAUGCGACGUCUGCGGCAUGGUCUGUAUUGGACCCAAUGUGCUCAUGGUGCAUAAGCGCAGCCACACGGGUGAAAGGCCGUUCCACUGCAACCAGUGUGGUGCCUCCUUCACCCAGAAGGGGAACCUUCUGCGCCACAUCAAGCUGCACUCCGGGGAGAAGCCUUUCAAAUGUCCCUUCUGUAACUAUGCUUGCCGCCGGCGUGACGCGCUCACCGGCCACCUCCGUACACACUCGGUCUCCUCUCCCACAGUGGGCAAGCCCUACAAGUGUAACUACUGUGGCCGGAGCUACAAACAGCAGAGUACCCUGGAGGAGCACAAAGAGCGGUGCCACAACUACCUACAGAGUCUCAGCACUGAAGCCCAAGCUCUGGUGGGCCAACCAGGUGAUGAGAUCCGUGACCUGGAGAUGGUGCCAGACUCCAUGCUGCACUCAUCCUCGGAGCGGCCAACUUUCAUUGAUCGGCUGGCCAACAGCCUCACCAAACGCAAGCGCUCCACCCCCCAGAAGUUUGUAGGUGAAAAGCAGAUGCGCUUCAGCCUCUCAGACAUCCCCUACGAUGUGAACUCGGGUGGCUAUGAGAAGGAUGUGGAGUUGGUGGCGCAUCAUGGCCUAGAGCCCGGCUUUGGAGGUUCCCUGGCCUUUGUGGGGGCAGAGCAUCUGCGUCCCCUCCGCCUUCCACCUACCAACUGCAUCUCGGAACUCACACCCGUCAUCAGCUCUGUCUAUACCCAGAUGCAGCCCCUCCCUGGUCGGCUGGAGCUUCCAGGGUCCAGAGAAGCAGGUGAGGGACCCGAGGACCUGGCUGAUGGAGGCCCCCUCCUCUACCGGGCCCGAGGCCCCUUGACCGACCCUGGGGCAUCCCCCAGCAAUGGCUGCCAGGACUCCACAGAUACAGAGAGCAACCACGAAGAUCGGGUUGGGGGGGUGGUAUCCCUCCCUCAGGGUCCCCCACCCCAGCCACCUCCCACCAUUGUGGUGGGCCGGCCCAGUCCUGCCUACGCCAAAGAGGACCCCAAGCCGCAGGAAGGGUUACUGCGGGGCACCCCGGGCCCGUCCAAGGAAGUGCUCCGGGUGGUGGGUGAGAGCGGUGAGCCCGUGAAGGCCUUCAAGUGCGAGCACUGCCGAAUCCUCUUUCUGGACCAUGUCAUGUUCACUAUCCACAUGGGCUGCCAUGGCUUCAGAGACCCUUUCGAGUGUAACAUCUGCGGCUACCACAGCCAGGACCGGUACGAAUUCUCUUCCCACAUUGUCCGGGGGGAGCACAAGGUCGGCUAGCCACCUACCUACCGCCCUCCCUUCAGUCUGCCACUCCACUGCCUCCCUACAGGAGUCUAGCUCUUUCCCCAUUCAUCCGAAGGAGCUUGGCUCGGUAGCCUCCUCCACUGGCUACCAGACUUCACACUUGACCCUGACCCCUCCUUGCCUAUUCUCCUCUACCCUGACUGACUUAAGCAUUGUGAUGAAACAGGCCUUUUUGCUUAUGUUUCUCCUCUUCCUCUUCUCUCAUCCCAGUAUAGUCAGAGUUAUUUAUUGAUAUAAUUUGUGGAUUUUUCUUUUGGCUUUUUCUCUUAACUUUGAUCAGUCAUCCGCCACAGCCCACAGACCGCUCCCACUUUAGGCCUAAUUUUUCUUUCUUUGAUGCAGCUUUCUCUAACAGCCCUCGGGGUAGGAAGCUCCUCUUAGUCCUAAGAGUUUUGAGCUUCUCGAGUUAAGUCCUCACCUUUUGCAUUAUCUGAUUCUUUCCUUUUGAUGCUGAUCGCUCCCUCUGGCCCUACCUGAGCUCUGUGGCAUUAUAUCUCCUCUCUGGGACCCUCCCACCUGGUACUCCAUACCUCUUGUGCCCUCUCAUGUUAGGCAGCUUGCACUAUGCUUGAACAAAUGAAGAAUUUCCUCAUUGGGAGGUGGGAGGGGCUGAAGAAACUCUCCCUAGGCACUGUGGGGCUAAGGGUCCUCUUGACGUUCCCCUAGUAAUAUGAGUUCCUCAAAGCCCACAUUUGGGAAUCUCCCUCUGGGAUGUGAUCUGUCUCUUCUCUCCUCAAACAACCCCCAACACUGCUACUCUCUUCAACCUGCCAGUCUACUCAGUGGUGGUUUUCUCUUCUUGGAGUGCCCCAAUUUUAUAUUCUCAGGGGCCAAGGCUAGGUCUGCAAUCCUAUCUCUGACAUGUUGGGAGCCACAGGUGCCUAACUGGGAACCAGGGCAUGGGAAGGGGGUGGGUUAAAAUUCUUCUCUUUCUCUUCCACCUCUGAUCUUCUUCACUCUAGUGACCUUCCUAGGCUCUCAGGGGCUCCUGCCGUCCCUCUCCUAUGAGAAACUAGUGGGUUGCUGCCUGAUGACAAGGGGGUAUCUCAACCCCUCAGUCAUGCUGCCUUCUUCUUCUCCCCGCUUUAGGAUUCACCCUCAUUCCCAGGCUUCUUGCCCCUGUUCUUAGGAUCAGUGGCAGGGAGAAAAGGGUGUCUCUUUUCUCUCUUCUAAUUGUCAGUAUAUAACCAAAAAUUAUCCCAGGACGAGGAAGGGCAUUUGCCCCUCACCUCAUUCCAUUCUUGUCCUGGCAAGAAUGGGAUGGGCGCAACUGAACCGGGGGUCAUCCUCUACUGCCCCCCUCUACACUCAGUUCCCAGAUGUAGGGCAGGAGGGGCCUUGCUCCUCCUGGCUACAGCAGAGACCCCUGGCUUUUUGGGUAACCUAGUUAGUGAGAAGGGGGCAGGAGGAGAUAUGCUCCCCUGUGAGUGGAGUUCUCUACAAGCAUUUCCUGCCCAAGGCCACAGCUCUCCCAUUCUCUGCUUCCUUGAGAUUCAAACCAAAGGCUGUUUUUCUAUAUUUAAAGAAAAAAAAAAAAGAAAGUAAAAACCAAACACAGCACCUCACAAGUUGUAACACUUGGUCCUUCUCUCUCUCCUUUUCUCUUCCCUUCCAUCUUUCUUUCCAUAUGUCCUUUCCUUAUUGGCUCUUUUGCCUCCUACUUUUCUCACUCCCUAUCAGGGAUAAUUUAGGGGGAUGGUGAAGGGUUGGCUAAGGAAAAGACCCUGGGAUGGGGGCUCCUAAGGGCUCUAAGAAGAGUCUACCUUACCCUCUAUGGGAAGGGAGACCCUAGAAAAACUUUUCUCCCUUCCUUUUCUCCCCCAUUAUGUAGUCUCCCUAAGAGAACCAGAUUGUCAAGGAGGGGCAUUGUGGGUUGUUUCCUUCUUGACAAUGUAGCAAUAAACAGAUGCUGCCAAGGGCAGAGGAUGGGGUUGGGGGCUACCUGGAAGGAGAGUAGUCUCUAGAGAAGGCGAGAGGCUUCUCAACAGUACCCCAGGGAACUGGAUCCUUCUUUCAGGAUGGCAGCAGAGCUGAGAUUAAUAUCUAGGGUUCUCCUCAACUGUUCUGGUUAUUGAGCCCCUUCCCGGUAGACCUACCCCUUACCACCUCUUCUGCGUCUGCUGUGUAUCUGGUGACACCUCAUAAGGACUAGUCCCUUCUGGGGUACCAGAGCCUUAGGGUGCCCCAUCCCCUCCCCCAGUCAGCUCUGGCACCUGUAACCUCCUGGAACAUGAAGGACUAUGCUCUGAGGCUAUACUCUGAGCCCAUGAGAGCAGAGACUGGAAGGGCAAGACCAGGUGCUAAGGAGGGGAGAGAAGGGCACUCUGUCUCUCUCCAGACCAUCACUGCACUUUAACCAGGGUCUUAGGUACAAAAUCCUACUUUCCAGAGCCUUCCAGCUCUGGAACCUCAAACAUCCUCAUGCUCUCUCCCAGCUCCUUUUGCAUAAAAAAAAGUAAAGAAAAAGAAAAAAAAAAAUUGAAACCCACAUGGAGAAAAGAGGUGUUUUCCUUUUAUAUUGAUAUUCAAGACCAACACCACACAAGAAAAUUUCUAAAUAGACACUUUUCCAGACCUUUGUUUUUUUGUGUCUGUGUCCAAGCUGCGGAUGGGAUUUUGUAAUACUUUCAGCAGCUUCUUUCCUUGUGUACAUAAUAUAUAUAUAUUAUAUAUAUUUUUAAUCAGAAGUUAUGAAGAACAAAAAGAAAAAAAAAUAAAACACAGAAGCAAGUGCAAUACCACCUCUCCUCUCUCUCUCCCAGGGUUUCAUUUGUAGCCUAUGCUUGGUGUCUCCCUUGGACCUUACCCUUUCACCUUGCCCUCCUCUUCCUUUGGUUCUCCCUCCCCCUUUUUUUAAAGAGUUUUUCUCCUUUCUCAAGGGGAGUUAAACUAGCUUUUGAGACUUAUUGCAAAGCAUUUUGUAUAUGUAAUAUAUUGUAAGUAAAUAUUUGUGUAACGGAGAUAUACUACUGUAAGUUUUGUACUGUACUGGCUGAAGGUCUGUUAUAAAUAAACAUGAGUAAUUUAACAACC